GAUGGAUCAUCUGCACAGUGACAAACGUUUUAGAAUCCAGGGAGAGAAGGGCGAACACCCCGGCCGCUCCGCCCGGAGCCUCGCGGUCCGAGCAAAGUUUGGGGGCGCCUCUUCCCCCCGGUUAAGCGAGUUAUGCGCCAUCGCUGCCUGGACUCUUCCGAAGGAGCUGAGCUUUUGGCGCUUAAGACAGCGCUCCUCCCCGCGAAGCUACCGACUGUUGCCCUCAUGCUCAACGGCUAUUCCGCAGUCCCCUGGUAGCUCCACACCCUCCACGCCUUUCAGCUUUAUUGGCCAAACUUUCACUCAGAGGUCAAGUGAAGUCAAGAAGAAGUCAAAAGAAGUUUUGCCUGGGAUUUAAGGAGGAGGCUCCAUAGCAGUAAAGUAAGUUUAAGGUUAGAAAUCUGAAACAAUGGGUGACUGGAGCUUUCUGGGGAGACUGUUAGAGAAUGCGCAGGAACACUCCACGGUUAUUGGCAAGGUUUGGCUGACAGUACUGUUUAUCUUCAGGAUACUGGUGCUGGGGGCUGCUGCUGAGGAGGUCUGGGGAGACGAGCAGUCGGACUUUACAUGCAACACUCAGCAACCUGGUUGUGAAAAUGUUUGCUAUGACAAAGCCUUCCCCAUUUCUCACAUCCGCUUCUGGGUCCUGCAGAUCAUUUUUGUCUCCACUCCAACCCUCAUUUACCUGGGCCAUGUCCUGCACAUUGUACGCAUGGAGGAGAAGAGGAAAGAGAAAGAAGAGAUGAAAAAGAAAGGAAGCAGCAAAGAUGGAAACUACGCAGUAGCAGCAGCAGCAUCUGGCAGUGGUGGCGGAGGGGGCAGCAAUAACAUCAAGGAUCCUGUAGGCAAAAGGGGGAAGGAGAAGCUCCCAAUCCGUGAUGAACGUGGUAGAAUCCGUAUGGGGGGUGCCUUGCUCCGUACCUAUGUCUUCAACAUCAUAUUCAAGACCCUGUUCGAGGUGGGCUUCAUUGUGGGCCAGUAUUUCCUGUAUGGCUUUGAGCUAAAACCAGUCUACCAGUGCAGCCGCUCACCUUGUCCACACACUGUCGACUGCUUCAUCUCAAGGCCCACUGAGAAGACCAUCUUCAUAAUCUUCAUGUUGGUGGUGGCCUCAGUCUCCUUGCUGCUGAACAUGCUUGAGAUAUAUCACUUGGGGUGGAAGAAGCUUAAGCAGGGCAUGACAAGCCAGUACAUCCUUGAGAUGCCUGUUGCAACAAUGACACCAGUUAUGGUAACAGGGGAGUCCAAACCCGUUUCCCUGCCACCACCAGCACCACCCGUGGUGGUAACAACUGCCACGCCACCCCCUGUUCUGCCUGACACCCGUGCUGUCACACCACUGCUGGCCCCAGUCACCAUGGCAUCAUACUAUGCUACAGCAGCUCCUAGACCACGGCCCCCCUCCAACACAACCUCCAUGGCAAGCUACCCUGUUGCUCCACCGGUUCCCGAGGAGAGACACUGUGCUGUGACUCCCACGCCCAUCUCCACUCCUGUCACCAUCCCAACCCCCAUUUCCACACCCACCCCAGCCGUCAUCAGCUACUUCAACAGCAGCAGCCGUGCCCUGACAUCCGAGCAGAACUGGGCCAACAUGGCAGCGGAGCAGCAGGGGAAGGUUUCCUCCAGCUCAGCAGGCUCCUCUACCCCGAGCAGUGUCCGGCAUCACCUUCCCGAGCAAGAAGAGCCACUGGAGCAGCUACUCCCGCCCCCAGCCGUGCUGCCCAUUGCUGCAGCCAACAGCGGCAGCAGCACCAGCCUGAGUGGGGCAAGCGGCAGUAAGUGGGAUGUGGAGGGCGAGGAGGAGCUGUCAGGGGCACGGCCCGUGCCGGCCGCCUGCACCACUGUGGAGAUGCACGAGCCACCCCUGUUCGUAGACACGCGGCGCUUGAGCAGGGCCAGUAAGUCGAGCAGCUGCAGAGCCCGGUCAGACGACCUGGCCGUGUAAGGCGGCCGCCCCUGCGUGUGGGGGCAGGUGGUGGAAGGCGGAGUGGGCAGGGGAGCUGUCCGGGGAGGCCAGGCCUGGCGUGGGUGAGAAGGCCUGGGCUUCAAACUUAGACGCUUGCUGUUCUUGCACUCUGUGAGUUGUAGUGGGGAAAAAUAUCAACAUUUUCUAAUAGGUCAGGGGUGACCAAAGCGCAGCCCGCGGGCCAGGGGACCGGUCCCACUUUCCUUCAUGUCCAUGGCAGAUCUCCCAAGGGCAGCCAUAGAAGAGGCCUGCACGGAUAGCAGGUGGUGAUGGUAGCUGGCCAUGUGCCUCGAGGCUGACUUUCAUCUGGGAAAAAUGUUAAUAUCCCUAGUGCCCAUGUGCCUGGCUGUCAUCUCCCUCUUGCCCAUGACUUCACUUCUACCCUUUUUCACACAAGCUCUACAUGAGCAGAUGUGAUGAAUCACUUUCUUCUUUUUGAAUCUUACAUAGCCCUAUGUUGGACAUCAGGGUGGCAAAUCGUCUGUUGGAGCCUGUCAUCUCUACAGACCAACUUGCCGUAUUAAAGGUGACUCAGUUUGUUCCAUAUAACAUGACUUAAAGAAGCCUUUGUGCUCAUUGCAAAUCACCAAUGUGGUCCUCGGCCAGGCAGAGUUUAGGUAACCCCUGUAAUAGAUUUUUGAGGUUCUUCUUUCCAUAAUUUUUUUUUUUUUACUCUUGACCUGUUAGGAAGUGUUCAGUUUGACCUUCUAUUCAGUGUUUGCUGACCAUGAUUACACCAUUUUUAAAAGCCCUCAAAUAUGUUUGAGCAUGUUUGAUUAUAAUUCUAGAUGACUUCUGAAAUUGCUUAGAGGAGGACAGGAAUUUAAAUCACACCUCAGAAAUUAUUACACAGAACAAUUUCUCUUCAGAAAGCAAGGAUUAUGAUUUCAAUACACUGUGGCCCCAUACAUUGCCUGUGGACAAACAAUAGGAUAAAGUACAGCUCUGCAUUUUAGACUACUAGAUAUCAGCUUAAGUUUGUUGGAAAAAUGCUUUUUAGAGAUAAACCUGAGUGCAUAUUUUUAAGUAUUUGAACAUUUUGAGAAUAAUUUUGAUCUCUAAGUUUAAAGUUACUUGACUGUGUAUUUAAUAAUUUUAGUUUGAUCUUUGGUCUUACAAGAAAAUGUAAGAGGAAAGAAACUUACUAAUGGUAAAAUUCCCAAAGCAACAUUAUUUCCUGUUGUGUCCUACCCUUUAACAUCAAUCUGUAAUGUCUUACAGGUCAGUGAAAACAGAUUUAGAUAAUAUUGUAUUGCAGAAAAGGUGGCUAAAAUAUCUGGGCAACGUAGUGGCUGAAGAGUCUGUUCUGAUCCCACUGAAGUCACUUGAAGGCUUUCCGUUGAAUUUAACAAAGAGCAAGAUUUGGAAUGGAUCUUGCAGGCCUUAUUCAAGCAAAACUAACGUUCACAUAAAGUUUUGGGAGCCAGAAUAAAUGUAGAUUUUGGGCCGUAGAUAAAAACAUUGAAAUCCUGCUUUUGAAAAUUGUGUUUCCCUUAAAAAUGGGUGAAGGAAAGUACUGGGUAUUUGUUACUAAGGUGCAGCUUUGCUUACAAUGGGCUCUGUCCAUUAUUCCUUUGUUAACAAGAGAUUAGUCAGACUUCUGAAUGCCUGAUAAGGCUCAGGAGAGUUUCGGUACAAAAGGAAUGCAGAAUUAGGCCCAUAUUCCGUUCUAAGCAAAAUCCAAAAGAACUGAAGCUUGAAGUCAGUCCUGUUGCUGCUACAAAUCGAAAGUACUGUAACUGGAGAACACACUGGGAUAGCCCUUUGCAUCUUCAAAAUAUUUGGCCUGGCAGUGCAGUCCUUACUCAGGCAAAGCAGGGUCACCCUGUAGCAAGUAGUUACAAUUGCCAGUUAUUUCUGCUGUUAUAUGUUUUCCUGAAUGUGUUCAUUUUAUUCAACAGCUAAAAUAUAUUCCUACUGCUCAAGAUUAAACAUUUUUACUGCUUUCUGAGUAGUCAGAAAAAGCUUCUCAUGAUCAGAAGCACUGUUCUGCAACCCUUGGGUAUGUUGUCUCAUGACUUCCUUGUACUGCUUGUGGUGAACCAGCUGAGGAGAAGUCUUUCUGCUCCCAUGAUCUUGGGGGCAGACACUGCGUUAAAAGUCAAUGUGCAGUAGUACAAUACAGGUAUUUAUUAUUAGGUGUUCAGCUUCAGACAUGCUCUCAUGGAUUUUCUGUGUUAUAAGCCAUAAAAACCCUUUCUGCAAGAAAGCUAAAAGCUAAAUUCUGCUUUCUAUUGUACCCAUGCAACUAUGCUGAACUUAGACUGAAGUUGAUGAGGUUGCCUAGAUGUAUAGAGAGGCAGAAUAUAAGACUCCAAAUUUUUAGAUUUACUAGCAUCUAUAGUAGCAGUUUUGUAAGUUUUGAUAAAUGCCAGUUAAUUAUAUUGCUGAAAUAAUGCAAUAUGCAUCUCUGUAUUUUAGAGCAUCAAAAUUUAUAGGCUACAUUUCCCUUUCUUCUAUGCUUCUGAAGAAUGAAGUCAAAGUCUUUCUGGAGUGUAUUUAUAUAAACGAGACCACCUGGAAUAUGUGCUUUUUUAUAUCAGUGCCUGAGAGCAAAACUGACUUGUUGUUUGAUGGGGCUCUGAAUCUUGCAGUCCUUACUUUAGUACAACCCUCACAGAGUGUGUCCUGCAGGAUUACAUCCAUAUUGUAUAUAAAAAAUAGUAACAGAGAUAGAUUCAACUUACAAUCAACUGAUACCUAGUCUGACCUUUUCUAGUAAAUGUGUGUGGUUAGACCUGCAGAGAGUUCAGAUGCUUUUGUGGAAUAUAUGGUAUUUUCAGUCAGAGUAACUACUGGAAAGCUCUAAAAGAUCAUUUUUCCUGUUAGGUGAAGCUCGGGGGGAGAAAUGUAACUCUAUUGCAACCCCUAAGAGAAGUCUGAGAGAGCAGCCUCUGCAUCCAAGCAGUACUGGUCUGAGAAAGCAAAGCUACAACUCACAGGUUGCGCUUUUAAGAUCAGCUUAAGUUCCAUCACGUAACUAUGCAGCGUCAAGCCUCUUCAUUACCUACAGUUUCAUUUGGAGUCCAGUAACUGUUUCUUCAUUUAAGCCCAGGUAACUGUUUUGGCAGAACUCCUCCUUAGUGCUUACAACUGCUUUUAGUUGCCACAUCACAUCUGGGUUCAGAUUUGUUGAAAGAAAAAUCUUAUUGGUGUGGCCAAUUUUGAGCACUCUAAUCUUUACUCGUGAAUGAACUCUGAAUUCAACAUCCUAUCAGCCAAGUAUAACUGUGGAGAAUUCCACGGUUCUAGGAAGUAUGUACAAACACUCACUAACUUGCAGAACAGAGUCUGUUGGUAAAAACUAUCUGCUAGUUUCCAAGUCAUUUAGUCUUUCACAUCAAUUAAUUACAGAGUCUCAUGGGAACUGGUAGCAAGUGAUAUUUUGAUUUAGCCCGGUCAUACGGCUGUUCAAUCCACAAUCCUGAAAGACCUUAGAUGUACAGCUAAGAUGAAACCUCUAGGUAAGUUAUUGCAAAAGCAGAAUUCAGAACAGAAUCAUGCCUGAUAUUAAGCAAACUGAAAAAAAACCCACUCAUUUUUGCUCUUUGAGUAGAAUAAUUGUGGGAAAACUUGUUGUCUCUCUUACUUGAAGUUAAAAAAUAUGCUGAGGUGAACUAUGGAAAAGAAAACUGAAAAAAAAAUACUCUUUGAACAAGUUACCAGGUGUAUAAUGUACUACACUUUUUGCAGUAUAUUUGUCAUUCAUCAAGGCACUUAGAGCUAAUUAAAUGUCUGACAUUUUGCAGCUCUUGAGAUUAUUUUCUGGUAUGAAUACGUAAGUGUAGCAUCAGCGAAAUAAUUAAAGCAAGCUUUAAAAACCAGAUCAAUACUUAGGUCCUUUUUUGGUUAGGCAUGGGACCACCUCCUCAGCUGCUACAAAGCUGUUGUAUUCCACUGAGUUCACGUGGGUGACAGCAGUCUGCAGAAGCAGAGCAUUGAGCCCCCAGGUCUUUUUGUUUAAUACAGACACUAACAUCAUGGAUUUGAACAGGCUGGGUUGUUUUUUUUUUUAAUUCCAGAUGUUCUACUUUGAUUUUUCUUGUGAAAAGUGUGCUUUUGUAAUUUUGAUUUUCUGAAGUUUACAUUCAGUUUUUGAUUUCAGGUUGCACAUUUGGAUGAAAUAAACUGCUUUCUAAGUUUACAUUUGUAUAAUAAGUAAAAGAAUGACUCUGCCAAUGUGUUAAACUUAAGAGAGAAAUGUCUUACUGUAACACUGGAACUCUUUAGACAUAAGGCAGUACCAUUAAAGACGGUUUAACCUGGUCACUGAUCUAUAGUAUCAGAUCUCUCUGUAUAUUUGAAAUAUAUGGAUAAAUAGGGAGCACACUAUGGAAAAAGAUACUUUUCAUCAUGAACUCAAUUAUUACCAAAUAAACUAAGGUUCGUUAUUGUUCAUAAGCCUUCCUGUGUGUUUAGAGGUUCAAUGACAAAAACUAGCUGUGACGUAAGUCCUUUAAGAGCUAAAUUUACAGCCUGGCUUAAGGUUCCAAACAAAAUACUUGAGGAUAAACACUGCACUGUUACACUGUAGAAGAUUUUACAAAAAAUAAAUGUUUUGCUUUCUAUGCAAAAAUAUGGUUCUGAACCUGCAAAUACAAUUUCAUGCAAGUUAUUUUAACUUUUGCAGAUAAGACCAUUAAAGGUAAUGGGACUAUUUGCGUAAGCAAAAAAUACUGAUAUGAAAAAGAAACUAUAGAUUGCUUUUUAAGUUUGCUGUAGAUACCAACGUAGUUCUAAAAGUUUCAGUUCUUGAAGAGUUAUGCAAGAUAUGUGAGCAUAUUUUAAGGUGGAGAAUAUACUGCUGUUUCUCACAGUUAAUGGGUUGUAAAGCAUAAGAAGGCUUACUCAGAACUUUCUUGUGGCUUUCCAGAUGUUUGUCUUUUACAUGACAGAAUCUAAACAACAAACAUAACAAGUUUUCUGGGCUGUCAGGAACUUGUAGAACAAUAAAACCAGCAAACAGUUAAAAGUACUGUCUUCAACAAAGUGCCUUGUAUAUUAAAUUCUGUAAGAAGCAAGUUGAUGUAAACGUUAAUUUACCUCAUAUGUUUACAAAAUUGUGACUAAAUAAACUUUUUUGUACCACG